AUGGGUCUGUCAAAAUCGACGAGGAUAUGCAUCCUCCUAGCGAUUGACACCGUCUUCUUCCUUAUCGAACUUAUCACCGGCUAUGCCGUCCACUCUCUUGCCCUCGUAGCAGACUCGUUCCACAUGCUGAACGAUGUCAUCUCCCUACUCGUCGGUCUCUGGGCCGUCAAGGUCGCCAACAAGGAGACAACCUCUAAGAUGUACACCUACGGCUGGCAACGCGCCGAAACCCUAGGAGCCCUUGUCAACGGUGUCUUCCUUGUCGCCUUAUGCCUUUCCAUCUUCCUCGAGGCCAUCCAGCGUUUCGUUGAGCCACAAGAAGUCAGCAACCCUAAGUUUGUUCUGAUUGUAGGAUGUCUCGGUCUCGCCUCCAACAUUGUCGGCCUUUUCCUUUUCCACGACCACGGCCAUGGUGGCCACAGCCACGGCGGACACUCCCACGGACACAGCCACUCCCAUGGCACCGACGCAAUCAACGAUGCCGAAGAAGGCCGUGCUGCCCAGGACGAAGAUGCUGAUGUCGCUGAUGAAUCUGGAAAUGUCGCCGAUGUCCUGCCCCAGAGCAGAGUCGCCAACUGGCCCAAGACCAACAAGACCGCAGCGAGCGGCUCUGGAUCCAAUGAAGACGUCGAAGCUCCCCAGUCCGGCCACCGCCGUCAAAAGUCAAAGCACAGCAGCCGCUCUCGUUCAAGAGCUUACUCCGUCGAAGAUGUGCCAGUCAACCCUUCAUCCUUCCGCCGUUCCAUCAUCGAGACUAGCAGACUCCAGGACAUCGAAUCGGGCGAGACCACUGAGGAGUCUGCAGCCGAGGACGACAACGCCGACGAGACACCACAGCAGCAGCUUCUCACUAAGGGUGGCGCCAACGGCUAUGGUAGUAUCCAAAAGUCAAAGCCCAUCGACCACAAGCAACACAAGCACAGACAACCCAAGGAGCCAUCGAGCGGUGGCGGUGGUCACGGCCACUCUCACGACGACCUCAACAUGCGCGGUGUCUUCCUUCACGUCAUGGGCGAUGCUCUUGGAAACAUCGGUGUCAUUGGCUCGGCUCUGUUCAUCUGGCUUACCGACUACUCAUGGCGCUUCUACACCGAUCCUGGUAUUUCCCUGAUUAUUACCUGCAUUAUUCUCGCCUCCGCCAUUCCUCUUUGUCUUGCCGCAUCUCGCAUUCUUCUCCAGGCUGUUCCCGCUGGUCUGAGCAUCGACGAUAUUAAGGAGGAUAUCGAGGAACUCCCCGGUAUUGUUAGUGCCCACCACCUCCACGUGUGGCAGUUGAGCGACACCAAGCUUGUCGCAAGUUUGCAUGUUCAGGUCGACUUUGACUUCAAGGGUGAGGGUUCUGCAAGAUACAUGGAGCUUGCUCGUGCUAUCCGCGAUUGCCUCCACGAGUAUGGCAUCCACUCUUCUACCAUCCAGCCCGAAUUCUGCCUCGACCCCGAGCACGACCACUCUGCACCCCUUACCGACGAGACUCAUUUCGCUGGCGACGGAGCCUCUUCUCGUAAGACAUUGGACAGGCAAGCCAGCAAUGCCAACAGUCUCCGCGCUGCUGCAGAUGCCUGCUUGCUCGACUGUGACGAUGCAUGCAAUGGCAAGAGCUGCUGUGCUCCUGCUUCGACUGAGGCUGCGUCGGAAGGUGCACACGAUCAUGACCACGACCAUGAUCACGACCACGGUCACAGCCAUUAG